UUCUUUUCUAAAUCGAUAUUGUCGCAUGUGACACAAGAAUGGUAAUGGAUGCUACGUAACUACUGGGCUACAUUAGAUGUUAGAACUCUAUUUAAUCCUUAGUCUGUGGUGUUAAUAUUUAUGCUAUGCGUAAGAUGAUGAGGUUAGGAUAUGUUUACUUGUCAGAUUCUUUGAGACAAUAUAUGAAGUCCAAAGAUAACUUAAAUAUAACAGGAAUGUGAACGUAAAAAAUAAACAAUCUUAAGGCGAAAUCAUGUUUUUUCCUAUUGGAUGGCCGCGAGUUCUAAAUACGAUAGAUCCAGAAAAAAUAACUGCGGUUGUUUGCAACAGGGAUAAAAUACUUUUCGCAGUCUUAACAACAGAUACUCUUACCAUCUGGUAUUGUAAGCCUUGUGUACCCAUUGUAUUUAUUAGACGAACUAUAGAUUCUUUAAAGAAACAUGGUGACAAUAUUUUGGUACAAUGGAGACCAGAUUCCAGCAUGAUUGUCAUUGCGACAACAGAUAGUUACCUGUUAUUUUAUCGAUUGCAAGACACCAGCCCAGAAGGAAGAGGUCUCUAUGAACAGAGAGAUUCUCCAGUUACCAGUUUAAAAAGAGAUAGUGCUGAACUUUUUAUCAAAGAAAUUAUCCCUUCCUUAGUUUUAACAUUUGAAAAAUCAGCUUGGAUAGAUGGUGGAAUUAGUUCUUUAGUUUGUAUACGUGAUGAGCUUAUGGUAGCUACAAAAACCAGUCAUGUAAUACGUCAUAAAUGGGAUGGGACAGUAAAUCGAGAUUAUUCUCUUGAUUUAAGGAGAAUACCAUUUAGUGUAGAUCAACAAAUAUCUACUGUAGCUAUACCACUUACUGAGAAUAAUGUGUAUGUUACCGAUAUUGAAUAUUCUCCUUUAGUUGGUGGAUUUGCAAUUGUGCUCAAUACUGGCAAAGCAGCAUUUCUCACAGCACAAUCAUUAAAAUUUGAUCCUAAUCAAGUACAAGGAAUUUGGGCUAGAGAUGUUGAUGAUGCUACUUGUGCAGCUGUAAAUCAUAAAUAUCGUCUUAUUGCAAUUGGGAGACAAAAUUCUGAAGGUGUAGUGUACUAUGUUGAUGAAACAACUGGAAGUUUAGAAAUGUCACAUACAUUAAGUUUAUCUUCCAAAGAUUAUCCAGGAAGACCAGGUCGUGUAAGAUGUUUGAGAUGGACCCCUGAUAGUUGUGCUAUUGCAUUGGCUUGGGAAGGUGGUGGCCUAGCAAUAUGGAGUACAUUUGGUGCUCUUUUACUGUGUAGUUUAAAAUGGGAUUAUGGUUUAAGAGUAGAUUUGGCACAUGAUAAUCCUUUGCAUAUUCAUACAAUGGAAUGGUCUGCUGAAGGUUAUCAGCUUUGGAUGUUAAGAGAAUCUCCAAGUCCUACUUUAAUAGAAGAAAAUGAAAAUGAAGAAAAUAAUUUAAAGUGUUCUUUGAUACAACUAGAUUUCGUAAAAAGUCCUUUGACUGUUAAUCCUUGUAUGGGUCAUCAUGGACAUUUGUAUUUACAAGGUGAAGAUAGACUAUAUUUAAAUCUAGGUGGAGGAGUUUCUACAAAUACUUCAACUUUUCAUAUUGGUAAUGAAAUUCCUAAUGAUUCUAUAACACAAAUACUUGCUGGUUGUAAACAAUGGCUAGUUGUUCCUAUUCCAACUGCAUAUAGUGGUGCCAAUUGGCCAAUAAGAUAUACUGCUAUUGAUAAUGAAGGCAUGAGUAUAGCUGUAGCAGGACGUACAGGAUUAGCUCAUUAUUCUUUACCUUCCCGUAAAUGGAAACUUUUUGGUAAUGAAACUCAAGAACGAGAUUUCAUUGUAACUGGGGGAUUAUUAUGGCAUCGAGGUUUCUUGAUAGCAAGUAGUUAUUCAAUAUUAGAUGAUAAAGAUGAAGUUAGAAUAUAUCCACGUGAUACACGUUUGGAUAAUAAUUAUGUUAGAACUGUUAGAAUGACAUCACAAGUAUUACUGCUCAACACAUUAAAAGACAGACUUUUAACAUUUUGUGCUAAUGCACAAAUUAGCAUUUAUGAUAUGGUAAUAGAAAGCAAUAAUGAUGCAGGAAAUAUAGAAUUAACGAGAUUACAAACUGUAGAUAUCAGUGGACUUUGUAUUCAUCCUGCUUGUGUUGUAAGUGCCACUUUAACUACUAUACGUGCAGAAACAGCUGGAAGUCAUCCACAUCCUGAAAGUCUUCUGUUGAACGUAUCUGGACGUCUACUUAUGGUUCAACGAGAACAUUGUAUUGAUAACCCAGAAGUUCUGUUUACGUGUAGUGCUCCAACAGUAUUAGCUUCUUAUGUAGAAAAUGUUUGGGUACCAUGGAGAUCAAGAAGAGAUAAACCUCACUUAACAGAAGCUCUAUGGUUAUUUUGCGGUGCUCAUGGCAUGCGCGUUUGGCUUCCAUUAUUUCCAAGGAAUCAUCAAGAAAAAACGCAUACUUUUAUGAGCAAGAGAAUUAUGUUACCUUUUCAUUUACGUAUUUAUCCUUUAGCUAUAUUAUUUGAGGAUGCUAUUUUAUUGGGAGCAGAAAAUGAUACAGUACUUUUUACUUCGGAUACUAAUUCCCUAUUUUCGCUGCCAUUUAGUUUAUUAGAACUUACAAGUCAAGUUUAUCUUCAUCAAAUAUUACGACAACUCAUUCAUCGAAAUUUAGGAUAUCAUGCUUGGGAAAUUGCUCGUUCCUGUUCUGCACUGCCAUAUUUUCCACAUUCAUUAGAACUUUUACUUCAUGAGGUACUAGAAGAAGAAGCAACUAGUAAAGAACCAAUCCCAGAUGCUCAGUUGCCUUCUGUGGUGGAAUUCAUCCGUGAAUUUCCAGGAGUAUGGGCUAGAGCAGUUGUUCAAUGCGCUAGAAAGACUGAAAUAGCACUAUGGCCUUAUUUAUUCUCUGUUGCUGGGCCACCAAAAAAGUUGUUGCAAGAUUGUUUGCAACGUCAACAACUUGAUACUGCUGCUAGUUACUUAAUAAUUUUACAAAAUCUAGAACCUUCAAUCGUUAGUCGACAACAUGCUACCUUGUUAUUGGAUGCUGCUUUAGAACAAGGAAGAUGGGAACUUUCAAAAGAUCUUGUUCGUUUUCUUAGAGCAAUAGAUCCAAAUGAUGUGGAGUCUCCAAGAACAUCUUGGGGUGGAACAUCAAAAUUAGGCGGACCUCCUCAAACUCCACCACUUUCACCUCAUGAAGAUGAUUUAUCUUUAGUAUUAGGAACUAUGCAAGUUUCAAGAAGUCGAAGUUAUAGUACUACGGUGACACCUAAAGUACAAUCUGAUUCAAUAACUAAAGAUAUAGCUCCUUCUUCAAUGUUAGAAAAAACUAGAAAUGUUGUUAUGAGGCGAAAAAAGUCUGUACCUACCAAUACUUCUAAAACUGAGAAGGUUGAUAACAAAGAAGGUUCAGCCGAGGAAUUUUUUAUUGAUGUAAUACUACAACGUCAUGCCCGUCGAUUACUUUCAGCAAAACGACUCGCAGAUUUAGGCAGAUUUUCUGCACGCUUAGAUUUUCAUUUAGUUACAUGGUUUGCCAGAGAACGUGAUAGAGCAGCAAAAAUAGACGAUUAUAUUGCAGCAUUGAAAGCAGUGCAUGAAGAUUUUUCAUUUGCUUAUCCUGUGUUAUCCCUUCCAACUUUACAAAAAUUUCGGAGAUCUAGCCUUACUUCUUUACGUUCUAUAAGAUCUGUGAGUUUAGAAAGUCCAGAAGAUGAACCAUUAAAUUCCAGUUUUGUUGUUGAUUUACCUGAUAGUGGUUAUACUAGUUUGCCAAGUGGAAGACCACCUUAUACGACAUUAGUGUCUCCUGUUGCCAGUUUAGAAACACAAUUUCCUGCUACUGAAACUAAAUUAACAGCAAAUAUGUUACAUGAUGCUAACAGCGUUCUUAGUGAUAGUAGUACUAUUUGGAGAGAUGAUACUGAAUCAAUCGUUGGGACUGGAGUCGGAACAGUGUGUUGGGUUUCACCAGAUCCUGUUGAACAGACAGAAGUUCAUAAUGCUUCACUCUGUGCACCAAUAAGUCGUGCGGAAGUACAGCUUAGAUAUCUUUUACAAUUAUUUUUGGAAGGUAGUUGUUUAGGAUGGGCUGCAGUAUUGGCAACUGUUUUACGUGAUGCACCUGCUAUGGCUAGAACUAUCAGAGCAGCACAUGCACCUAUGCAAACAUUUGAUUCUGUAAUUAAUUUAAGAGAUGGUCUUCUUACAUUAACUAAAUGGUCUCAUUCUGAAUGUUUGGGAUACAGACCUUUUAUGUCAAGUAUUCAAGGACAAAUUUCUUUGCUAAAUAGAUUAAUUAUAACAAAACAACAGCAAGAACAGGAACAAAUACCAGAGAGUCCUUCUCCUAGCCCAGCUCCAUCCGCAGGUAGUAAUCAACGAGGAACUUUAUCACGAUCUCGGCAUUCGUCUAUCAGUCAUACUUCAACAACUGCUCCGUUAGAUGAAGAACGAUCACAUGAAUUAUCUUUAAAAGUGGAAGAUAUAAAUUUCCGAGGUAGUUAUAGUAAUCUCAAUAAUAUGGAAAAUGCUACUUCGCAAUCUACAUGUGUAAUCUCUUAAAGCAAUGAUGUCUUUUCAAGACUCAAA